AUGGCGGGAGACCUCCAGAGCAGGCAACACAAGCAAAGCUCCUUGCCUCCAACCCUCCAUUCCCAUCUCCUCGCCAGCCCGCAGCCGCAUUCAGGUCCCAAGCAUGGUGCGACUCAGACGGAGACUUCGUCGGACGGAGAGCAUAGUCAUCGGUCUGGAGGUCACAGGAAUCCACGGUACGCCCAGCACCGCUCUAUACCGCCCAUAUAUGCAGGAGAUCGCUCCCCCGGAAGACUGGGUCCUGCAGAAUGGCCCUUGAGGGAAAGCGAGGCCAGCUCGCCCUCACCGCUCGAAGCGCCAGAAGGCGCUCAGCAGGGCCCCAGCCCUCGUGAAUCUCUGCCCAGCCUGUCUGCGACGAGCCCGCAGACAUUCUCGCAUAGGCAUCCGACGCUUCCGCCACUCGGACGAUCGCUCUACCCUGCAAUCGGGGAACCAGGUCCAUCCACGCUCUACCACUCGCACAGGGCCCCUCCGCCUCCAAUCCACAUCCCACAUCCGCACAGAUCGGCUGCAUCGUCGAGAUAUCAGGCGGAGCCGUUUUCUCUGGCCGGCGGGGGCUUUCACGAAGGUUCCAGCUAUACCGCCGAUGCGACGAGGUACGAGAGCCCAGGAGCCGGGCCACUGCGUGCGUACAGCUACACGCACGCACGCGAACUUGGGCAAGCCAGCACGAGGCAUUUGCCCGGUCCAGGCAUUCCCGACGAGCCGUACGGACCAGAUUCAAGGAGUGGCACUCACAGGGGCGUCCCAUAUCGGUUUGCCACACCGCCACCGGGUGGAUACUAUGCGCCAUACCCCGUGGGGGGAUGGGCGCCACAAAGGCCACACCUGCGUCCAUAUGACUAUCGCGACGAGCCCGCCACGAAUUUCACUCAUGAGCCCGGCUAUGAUCGACGCUAUGAGAUGCACGUACACGGUGCUGAGCAGCAUUUGCCAGCCCCUCAGCCGCACCAUAUACACCCUUUUGACCAUUCUCGCCAUUACAGUUAUCCUGGACCCACAUAUGUGGGCCAUUUGCACCGACCAGGAAGCAUACUGCCACCCUAUAUCGCACCGAUCGCCGGGCUGUCGCGUUUAGAGCCGCGGGGGCCACGACCUGGCGAACUUCGAGUGGCGUCUGGCGACAGUUCAUACCACUGGAUUAGUCCGUUUUCAUGUGAGCCGCAGAGGUCAUACCCAGGGCCUGGCACGCCGCCAACGCAGGAGCCGCGUCCGGCGUACGUGCGCGACCCGUAUAUCACUUCUGAGGACGAGCUGCCUCAAGAUUCGCCAACGUAUUCGCGGACUUCUGGAUUCAGCGUCUUUGCAGACUCGCCUCCGGGGAUAUCGGUGCCGCCUUCUCCAGUGGUGGAGGACGAGGUGCUGCCGAGCUUGAGUCGCCGACCAAGCUGGGACGUGCCUGAGGAGGUACUUCUGCCGCCGUUGAGGAGGCCAAGCCCGAAGGAUGCUUUGGAGGAGCGGCAAGCUGCUCGUCCGUCAAGCGGCGGCAAAGGCGAUCUAGAAGGUCCGUUGAGCAAGAGCAGCGAGUCUCCUCUCAGCGAACCACCGGUGAAAAAGAGGAAGGGCAAGAUUGAAAUCGCGUGCGAUAGGUGCCGAGGCAGGAAGACUCGAUGCGAUGGCAGGACGCCAAUGUGCACACUUUGCGAAAGAAAUUCUGCUCCAUGCGUCUAUGCGGACGCGCCUCGAAGACGAGGCAAGGGAAAGGCAAAGACGGCCGCUACGGCGGGCAGUGGUGCCACACGUCCGGAGCGCCCGCGGGUAACGUCCGCGAAACGGCGCGGCCGUCAAGCGCAACUGGCUGGGAGGGGAGGAGGAGCGGAUCUGCCGGCCAGUGUACGACCUCCGUCGGGGCCGUUCACGUUCGAGCCACCGGCGCACAGCGCGGGACAACAUGGACACAUGCACGGGGACACCCCCGUGAGACGAAGAUUGCCUCAUGAGGUCAAUCUCCCGGGGACAAUUGCGAUCGACCCUCGGCUCACCGUGGGCGUGCGGUCUCGCGCAGAGGCAGUGCAAGCGACGAUGGCAGGCGCUGCGGACACGUCUGCGGCCAGCGGCGACGAGGAGAGGAGCAGAAGAACGAGUGUGAAGCGCAAACGCAGGCCGCCCGCAAGCUGA